UGCUUUCCUUCACAAACCUCAUUUCAACGCAUUAGUCUUCAGGCACGGGAGAAAAUGUUGCCCUCUUUUCUACAUUUACCUUCACUUUCAAAUUCCCCAACCGCUUUCCUCCACAAACCUCAUUUCAAGGCAUUAGUCUUCAGGCACGGGUCGAAAUCCUACACAUGCUUCACAUAUCCACCGUCCAACCAAAAUCCGAUCAGCGGCGAAGAGUCACGGUGGCUGAGAGAGGAGCAGCGGUGGCUGAGGGAAGAGCAGCGGUGGCUACGGGAGGAGUCCCGAUGGAACUCCGAGCGCCAAGCUUUAUUGCAGGAAAUAAGCAGCCUUAAGCUUAGAAUCCAAGAGCUUCGACGGCUUAACUCUGUUCAAGGGGGAACCUCGGCCUCCGAUACUAUUGCGAAUAUUGCGAAACUGCUGCAGGUUCUGAAGGAGGGUGACUCGGGGAAGAUUGUAAACAGAAUUGCUGAAGGUGGUGAAAGCACUGUGCCAUUAGUAUUUGAGACCACAAAAAAAGAAGAGGAAGUUGUCAUAAAGGAAGUAAUUAGCAUUCCAGAUAAAAAGGAAAUAGCAAAAACGAGGGUAACUUUGAGAAAAGGAUCAGAAGGAGAUCAAGUUCGAGAUAUGCAGGAAGCUCUAAUGAAACUUGGAUUUUACUCUGGUGAGGAAGAUAUAGAAUUUUCAAGCUUCUCAAGUGGAACCGAGCGCGCUGUAAAAACUUGGCAAGCCACAAUAGGAGCCACAGAAGAUGGCAUUAUGACUUCUGAACUUUUGGAGACACUAUUUGGAACUUCUGGUUCAGGAAUGAAUAGGACUUCAAAUCAUAAAGCUGGUGAUGCAGAUAAGGGUGUAAACGGUGCCCCAGUUACUAGUAUAACAAAUACAUCUGAAGUUCAGGAAGUUCAGAAGACUGUUGUAACAGAUGAGGGGAUAAACGAAUUUAAGGUGUCCGAGCACAGAGUUUUUCUUCUUGGGGAGAAUAGGUGGGAAGAACCUUCGAGGCUUUCUGGAGAAUGUGAUGGAACUGGGGAGCCAAACAUUGAGGAACAGUUUUUGGAGUGGGUGGAUGAAGGAGCAAAAUGCCCCUACUGUGAAGGUCUUGGAUACACAACAUGCGAUAUCUGUGUGGGAAACAACAAGUAAGGCGUAAUGUAUAAAUAUUUGAUACAUAAGUAUUGUUAUGGGUGUCAUCAUAAUAGCAGAUUUUCAUGUAAUUUUAGCUCUGAUCUUGUAAAUUCUAUGCUGUAUUGCAAUAAAGCCGCUUCAAGGAGCAGUAUAUGCUUACAAUAGAAUGCUUCAGAUACUGCUGGUGCAGAAUUAAGACAUAAAGGGGCGGAAUAGUUAACAUUGUUCAAAUAGAUAAUUACAUAGACUACCCCUGAGGUUUGGUGGAGAAUUUGCUGAAGUAUCUUUGAGAAGCUUUAAAUCCUUGGGUAACUAGUAGCUGAAAUAUUUCUCAGGGAUUUUUUCUAAUUACCACAAGUUCAGGGUCUGAGUAUUGUAACUAUCCCUCGCCAAAAGGAACUACAGAGACCAAAUAGAGCAGCCCAUGGGACUGCAAUUCAUUGUAUAUACCAUUAAACAAAAGAUACUUACAAAUUUCUUUUCGCUUAAAUAACUUGGCAUGUCAAACAGGUCGAAACUCAAUGCCUUCAACAAUGAGCCCUGACUUACUGUGUGGGUUAUGGAUCUCGAUCAACCAUGCCUCGACUAUGCCAUGAUCUCCACUUCCAUUCUGGAACUUACCCAUUUCUAUUUCCAUCCAUCCAUCUUUUCUCGUCCGUGCAAUUUUUCCAGCUUCUCGUGAUUCAAAAUGUUCAUUGUGCUGCUUGUGUUUCGACUUAUCGUUGAGAAUUCUUACUACGGUGUCGGAUGAUCUGAGGCCGUCCAUUUUCUCAAGCCAAAACACCAAGUAUGCUGCAUAAGUAGUGUUUUCGGAUAGCAUUUCAGUAUUGACUUUGCCUUGAAUAUGAAUCCAACUUGGAGAUCUUAGCUUUGCCACCUCUAAAAAUCUGCAAAUAUGAUUCAUUUUCAUUUUUCAGCAGCCCUUUCCAAGAAAUUUGAAGUUCCCUUGCUCCAAUCAUAAUGCAUUUCUUUGCGUUUCUUUUGUCCAGAGACAAACUCUGUGAAGGCUCAAAGAAUGAGAAUAGGAUUGCGACAGAGGGUAAAAUAAAGGUCUUUAAUGGUAGCAUACUCGACCGGAGCAGCUGACUUGGACACCAUUUCCCGCCAAUUGAGGGGCAAAAAUCUCUCCCAAACAUAGUUUGAUUCAGCUGCGGAUCUGAAUGCUUUGGAUGUUGUUGAUGACCUUAACGCAUCCAAAGCCGACGUUAGUGACAAAAUCUCCCACACGCAGCCUUCCGGCAAUAUUGCAAAAUGAUCCACCAUCUCUCUCUCUUUAAUCUUCCCUAAAUUUGGAGGAGUUUCUUGCAAGAGGCCGAAAAAUGGGAUUAUAUAUAUAAAAAAAAACUCGGUUUAGGUGUCAAUGCCUGUUGAGCUACAAAAAGAUUUUCUGUCCAUCCAAUAUGGAUUGGUUUGGAAAUUGAGGGACACUUCCACAGAACUUAUGUACCAUCCCGCAGUUUAUUAUAGAUUUCGUG